UUUACCGGAGAAAGCCGAGGACUUGCAUCUGAGUAACACAACGUCAGCCAAAAUGCCCUGUCAUUCUUGCUGGCCAUGGACAAGGAAAAGUAGAUCCAAGCAAUCAGCUCAAUCUUCCGCGCCAAAGCCUCAUGUCGCCCCAGAAUCAAGCUGUGGAAACCCGGAAUCCUCUCCUGAGGAACCACCUGUCGGAUCAUCCACUCCAAAGCCUCAUGUCUCUGCAGAGAAGAACGAUAUAGAACGGGCCGUCUCCCCAGAGAAUGCACAAGAAAAUCCUUCAUCUGACUUGUCGAGUCCGCCAGUGAAUGCAUCCUUCAUCGCGACUCAACAAGACCACAGAAGAAAUGCACUCCCCAAAACCAUUCUUACCGACAAAGAAAGAGCCAACAGAGCAGAAAGCGUGAAGGAUACAUCCAUAAACAAGGGACUUUGGGCGAACGCGCGCAAAAAGGUGGAUCCCGAACGAUUAUGCCAACUGGAAGGAUUUAUCCAGGAUGGGCACAGCGAUGAUCUCCAGGAUGCGGCCAUAGCGAAACUGAAAGCCAUCCAGGAAUCCCGACUGAAAAUCCAGAUUGGAGAAGGCAAACCGCAAGGAGUGAGAGAUGGAGUCAUCAAAGUGGUCCAGACCGUCCUGGGCUACAGUUCUCUCAUAUCCGCGGCUGUCGCCGCUGAAUCUCAUGCCAGCCUGGCCUGGGGGAGUAUCGCGGCCCUCCUCCCAAUCUUGUCCGCUGCUCUGUCGCACACCGACAACGCUCUCAAUGAUUUAAACGGCAUCUCGAGCUUGCUUGUACGGUUCCGCGUCAUCGAGGUUGUUUAUGACCUCUCGGAACAUCCAGAGGAGAGGUUCAGAGCUUCCGAUCACGAUAGGGAUCUUCACGCUCAGCUGAGGGAACAGACAAUUGACAUUUAUGCUCGAAUUCUCGAAUAUCAGACCGAUCUCUUGCACCAUUAUUCACUUAAUCAGUUUCGACGAAUGGUCAAGGACAUUGCCGUUGCAUCGCAGGGGAAAGCAAGCUUUUCGGAAAUCCAGAGCCUUGAAGCUGAUGCUAGCAAGACCUUGGACACGUUGGAUAGUGGAGCCAUUGCCGGCCUUGAUAGUCAAUUAUCAUCCCUGAGGCAAAGUGUCGACGAGAUCCUGGAUAGGCUGAAGGAGGUACAGAGUGAUGUCUUGGAAUUCGCCAAACGCGAACAUAUAGAAAAGCUUCCCCAGGCGGUGUGCGCUGCGUUCAAUGAAGGCCUUAACGGAGAGAUACCGCCCUCGUGCCACAAGGACACCAGAAAAGCUAUCCUGGGCAUGGUUCGCGACUGGGGCGAAGGUAAAGACGACGGGAGUAGAUGUGUCUUUUGGCUCAAUGGUAUGGCUGGCACCGGGAAAUCCACAAUCGCCCGCACGGUGGCCGGCCAGUUCCACGAGCAAGGCUAUCUCGGCGCGAGCUUUUUCUUCUCGAGGGUCCAGGAAGACCGAGCGAAGGUUGAAAUGUUCUUCUCCACGCUUGCGCGGGGUCUGGCGCAGAGGAUUCCUGGAUUCGAUGCCUGUCUAUACCAAAGCCUUCCUGCGUAUGACAAGAUGCAACAAAGAAGCUUGAAGGAUCAGUGGGAAUGUCUGAUCCUUAAGCCCCUCAGAACUCUCGAGUCAACAUCACUUGUGCCCGUUCGUGUAGUCCUCGUCAUCGACGCACUAGACGAAUGCAAAGGUACUCGGGCCGUUCCCGAUAUUAUCAGUCUAUUCUUAGAGGCCAAAGUCCUAAAGCGCAUUCAGCUUAUGAUUUUUGUGACCAGUCGGAAUGAGAAACACAUUCUUGAGAGCUUCGAAGAAAGGUCUGACGUGAAACGUCUGUCGCUGGAAGAAGGAGUUGGGGCAACACAUACCGAACAAGACAUCUCUACCUAUGUCCGGAGCGAGCUUGAGAAGAUUCGAAAAGGUUGGCCAGAGGAGAAACAGAUCCAGGAGCUUUUGCAAUGGAGCGGGAAGUUGUUCAUUGCUGCGAAUACCGCAUGUCGGUUUCUCAGAGGCAAUUUCCCAGAUCGACGACUCUCGGAGUUUCUCAGCGCCAAGAUGAUAACAGGCAAGGGGACAGACAAUCUUGACCAGAUGUAUCGUCGUCUGCUCGAAAUUGUAGCUGUGGGUGACGAUGGUGAUGUAUUCGUCGAGUUGUUCCCUCGGGCUGUAGGGGUGAUACUUGCUUCUAAACAGCCAUUGUCGUUAUCUGACAUGGAAAACUUCCUCGGCAUCGAUUCAGAAGAGAUGAAGUUCAUACUGAAUAGUCUGAAUUCUGUCUUGAUUGUCCCUCAAGAUCGAAAUGCGGCCGUUCAGCUGUUUCAUCUUUCGUUCCGUGACUUCCUUCUUGAUAAAAGAAGAUGUCAGGACGAGAGAUUCUUCAUUGAUGAAAGCAAGGCUCAUAGGAGAUCAUUUGAAUAUUGCUUGAAGCAUAUCGGCAGUCAAUUGAAAAAGGAUAUGUGUCAGCUACAAGAACCCGGGACGCUCUUCUCCGACAUUGAUAAAGACAUGAUCACUCAGCAUAUUUCUCCCAUCGUUCGAUACGGCUGCCAAUACUGGGCUUCCCACUUAGUGGACGCAGUGGUUUCCCCAUGGGGGACUGGAGAGACGCACAUGGCGUUGGAAUUCUUGAAGGAGCACCUUCUGCAUUGGGUUGAGACCCUCGCUCUGAUAGGAAGGAUUGAUGAUGCGGUAACUGGAAUUGCUAUUUUGAAAAGUCUCGCACUGGACUUAAAACAUCAAGGCUUUGCAGACUUUGUCGACGAUGCCCAUAGCUUCAUCCUUUAUCACCGAUCAAUCAUUGAAAAGGCUCCACUUCAAGUUUACUACAUGGCAACUGUGUUCACCCCGACGGAGAGCCUUAUACGAAGAAGAUUUUCUAGAGACUACCCAGCAUGGUUACUCAGGCCACCGACAAUGGAGAGUCAGUGGGGCCGGGAAGAGCAGGUCCUCGAAUUGGAUAAUCGACCUCUUGAGUUUGUGAUAUCCCCAGAUGGGAGCCUGGUUGCCAUUUGCACCACGAAAACCAUCACAGUCUGGUUUACGACCACAGGGAAAUUAUUUCACACCUUCGAUACAGAACUGGAACUGGCUGCUGCCCCUUUACCAGGACAGACGAGCGUGGAGUGUCUUAUCUUUUCUCGGGAUGGGACGGAGCUGGCGGCUGUGUUGUUCACACGAGGCCUCCACUCUCGUCAUAUAAGAGCAUGGAGUCUUACAACUGGAAAGGCCAGCACUGCAUUGACGGAGAAACUGUCGAGCAUACUUUCACUAACCGAGUUGAACAACUGGUCUUUCCAGCCUGGCCAUGACACUCGGCAGCAGAAAGAUAGAGGCCUUCCCACUGAAAGGAAGGAAGACACUCAAAUCAAUUUCAAGGGUGUAUCAGUUUCCGCUGAUGGCACAAUAAUGUCUCUCUCCCAGGGACGCGUACUACACAUUGGCAAUACUGAUACCAGGCAGAUAAGUCACACCUUGACAUUUGGGUUGAAAAUAGGCGAAGUGUCACUUUCCGCCACCAGAGCUGCUAUUCGCUUUUCCGACGGCAAUGCCACAGUGUGGGACAUGGUCAAGGACCACGAAAUCGACAUCGGGGUUCUUCAAAGGGGUUUCAUUGAUUGUUUGGCUCUUUCUCACAAUGGAGCCAAACUGGCUUACGCGAUCGAGACUUAUUUGGAGAUAUGGGAUCUUGAUUCCAAGCAGGUAGACCAUUCUAUCAACCACACCAUGGAUAUAAAGCACCUCGCUUUAUUUCCCCGCGGGCAUAGAUUGAUAUCGGGCUCAUCCGUCCCGAAUGCGCUUCUGUGGAAUCUUCGUCGACUCGAAGCCUCCGUCGCUCCCUUAUCGCUUUCAGGAAAUCGAUUGUUAUUAAGUAUGGACGGAACAAGGAUUAUGGUAUUUGGGGAGAAAUUCACGGUGUCGUUGUCGGUACUUCAAAUCUGGGACUUUAUGAAAGAGGGUUAUGUCUUUCAAGUCCGAGAUAAGGGUACGAUCAGCGUGCUUGAUAGCCGCACUUUACUCAUACCAUCGGUGUCCGAUGUGGGCGAAGUAGAUGACGAAGGCGAGGGCCACUUGCAGGCGUGGGGUGUGAUGGGCGACCAAGGCGACCUGGUUACCCAAGGGCGAAUCGUCCCGACGAAUGCUCGUGACUGGGUAGGGCUCGCUAUUUCCCCGAGUGGUACGAAAAUAGCUAUCAUGAAGCCAUCGGGGAGUCUCGAAUUUUGGGGAUAUUGCGAGGCAAGUCAGCGGUGGGAUCUGCAGGGAAGCGGAGACCAGGGGCGCUGUGAUGAGAGAUGGUACAUGCAUCAUAUUCACAUUCAGUUCUCGUCUGACGAGACGCGUGUGCUACUUCAUUCAUACUCGUUAUGCGAUUGCGAUCUAGCGGUCUGGUCUGUUGGUAACAGGCACUGUGAAUACCGAGUCAACAACUUCUACACAAGGGUUUGCUUCGCAACUCUAGCUCAUAAUCCCACGAUGGUAGCGAUUGGAUGGGAGGCUGGGAAGGUGGAGAUACGCAGUUCGAUGACUGGGAAGGAAAUCGGUGCUAUAUGGGGACACGAGCUCAGACAGGGGGGACAACGCUCAUUUGGGGAACCGAUACGCAUAGCGUUCUCGCCGCAGGACACCAGGGUAGCGGUGGGAUGGAACGAGUGGAAAGUCACCGUCCAUGAGAUAGCCACGGGAACAACUGAGUGGGUAUGGGAAGGUCCCCCAUCGCUGGUGAACAUUCUCACCUUUUCCCCGAAUGACAUGUGGAGCGAAAAGCCGUUCUAUACGGUUGACAGCGCCGGCCAUUGGAUCCUUCACGACAGCAAAAAAAUUAUGGCCCUCCCGCAGAGGUUCCUGAAAUACAGCAGUCGUCCUUCCCCAUUGGACUAUGGGUACAUUUGGCAAGAUUGCCGGGGUAAUACUAUUGCCUUCUAUACUAAAUCUGAUCGGUUUGCAACCUUCAUGUUCGACGGUGCUCCCAGCUUUUAAAGUGGUAUUGCGUCAGCCUGACUUAUAUAUGUUAGUCACUCUGCCUCAAGCACCGUGGCUGAUGUGUCUGAGACUUGUGUUCGGGUGGUCCAGGUAUGAAACAUGUACUUUAUUCUUCUUGUGUUAGGAUUCGCGCUGCUAGACCGGCGAGAUGAAUAGGGAUUGUUGUGCACAAUUGAAUGAGCUAUCCCGAUAGCAUCACGGCAAUUCUCUAGUCCUCUGUGAUGCUUGCAAGUAAUCUAGCUCAACUGACACACGUCCCUUCAACAGGAUAGAACCAUGCUAGCUGUAAAAACCCAGGACAGAAUGAUGAG